AUGAGCAACAACACUCGGAUGGAUGGCCUUCCAGCCCUUCGGACCAUAUCUGUCCCUUCUCUUGGAACAGCCGCUGACCCCGCCUAUUUAGUCAUCGCCGCCGAUGGCUUGUACAAGCGAGAUGUUUUCAGGUUUCCUGAUCCCUUCGCGGUAGCUACCAUCAACGGCGAGCAGACUAAGACGACUCAGGUGUCGAAACGGACCCUGAACCCAUAUUGGAACGAGAGCUUUGAUUUUCGGGUAAACGAGGACAGUAUCCUGGCUAUCCAGGUGUUUGACCAGAAAAAGUUCAAGAAAAAGGACCAGGGGUUCUUGGGUGUUAUUAACAUCCGGAUAGGCGAUGUGAUCGACUUGGUCCCGGACGCCGACGAUCAAAUGCUUACCCGGGACCUCAAGAAGUCAAACGAUAACCUCGUCGUGCACGGAAAGCUCAUUAUCAACCUAUCGACGAACCUCUCAACUCCUAACCGCACUCAGCAGACCCCCUCGGCUAGUAGACCUUCUCUGCUUGCGCCGCAGACCUCGACCCCGAACGGCACAACGGACCGUCCCUCAUCCGCUAUGUCGUCGGCUGUGUCGACGAACGGUACACCGGCUGCCAGUCAGCCGAUGCCGUUAGCACACAGGCCUGCCAGCUUAGCGUCAACGACAUCAACCAGCCAGGCCACGGCAGCUGCCACAACCAGCACGACAACAGCAACCGCCAACGGGACCCCGGUACAGCCGCGGCAGGUCGAUGUCAGACAGCUCAGCCCGUUCGAGGACGCACUCGGCCGGUUGCCGCCCGGGUGGGAGCGUCGCGAAGAUCACCUCGGGAGGACGUAUUAUGUAGAUCACAACACCCGGACGACAAGCUGGAACCGACCAACGGGGACAGGGCAGUCAGAUGCCGAAGCGACUCAACAAGCGCAGCGGCAGCAGCACCAGAACCGUUCGCUGCCAGAGGAUCGCACGGGAGCCAACUCGCCAACACUCCAGCAGCAGCAGGCAGUGGCACAAGCCCAGGCGACGGCGCUUGUCCAUACGGGAGCUACGACCGCAGGCACGGGCGAGCUGCCGCCGGGCUGGGAGAUGCGCUGGACACCUGAGGGUCGGCCGUACUUCGUCGACCACAACACCCGGACAACUACCUGGGUGGACCCUCGGCGCCAGCAGUAUAUCAGGAUGUAUGGUGGUAACAACCCCAACGGUAUUAUUCAGCAGCAGCCCGUGUCACAAUUGGGCCCGCUGCCUAGUGGUUGGGAGAUGCGUUUGACGAACACGGCUCGUGUUUACUUCGUCGAUCACAACACCAAGACCACUACUUGGGACGAUCCGCGCUUGCCAUCGUCUCUUGACCAGAACGUACCCCAGUACAAGCGUGACUUCCGCCGGAAGCUUAUCUACUUCCGGUCGCAGCCUGCUAUGCGUAUCCUGUCUGGACAGUGCCACAUUAAGGUGCGCCGGUCACACAUCUUUGAGGACGCCUUUGCCGAGAUCUCACGGCAGUCGGCGACCGACCUGAAGAAGAGGUUGAUGAUCAAGUUCGAUGGUGAGGAUGGUUUGGACUACGGCGGUCUGUCUCGCGAGUUCUUCUUCCUCCUGUCGCACGAGAUGUUCAACCCCUUCUACUGCCUGUUCGAGUACUCGGCACACGACAACUACACGCUCCAGAUCAACCCGCACUCGGGCAUUAAUCCUGAGCAUCUCAACUACUUUAAGUUCAUCGGGCGGGUAGUAGGGUUGGCUAUCUUCCACAGGCGCUUCCUCGAUGCCUUCUUCAUUACCGCUUUCUACAAGAUGAUCCUCGGCAAGCCGGUCACCCUGGCCGACAUGGAGGGCGUCGAUGCCGAUUUCCAUCGUUCGCUGCAGUGGAUGCUCGACAAUGACAUUUCGGGAGGCAUCAUCGAGGCUACUUUCUCGACGGAGGACGAGCGCUUCGGCGUCAUCACGGUCGAGGAUCUCAAGCCUAACGGUCGCAACAUCGAGGUGACGAACGAGAACAAACGCGAGUACGUCGAGCUAAUGGUCAAGUGGCGUAUCCAGAAGCGUGUCGAGGAGCAGUUUAAGGCGUUCAAGGAGGGCUUUAACGAGCUCAUCCCGCAGGAUCUGAUCAAUGUGUUUGACGAGCGCGAGCUGGAGCUGCUGAUUGGCGGUAUUGCGGAAAUUGAUGUGGACGACUGGAAGAAGCACACAGAUUACCGCGGGUACACGGAGAGUGAUGAGGUCAUCCAGUUCUUCUGGCAGACGGUGCGGUCGUGGGAUAGCGAGCAGAAGAGCCGACUGUUGCAGUUCACCACGGGUACCAGCCGUAUUCCGGUCAAUGGGUUCAAGGAUCUGCAGGGCAGCGAUGGACCGAGACGGUUCACAAUUGAGCGCGCGGGUGAUAUCAAUAAUCUGCCCAAGGCGCAUACUUGCUUCAACCGCCUUGAUCUCCCUCCGUAUAAGACGCUGGAGCAGCUGCAGCAGAAGCUGACGAUGGCUGUUGAGGAGACGAUGGGCUUUGGUCAGGAGUGA